GCGUGGCCUAUUACAUAGCACCCUUCGGCUAUAAAAGAGUGUUUCUGGGAAAACUAGCUACAUUCAUUAGUCGGAAGGUGAACUGGAUGGACCGUCCUUCAAAUUCAACAAAUCACUUGCCCUGUGGUUGUUCACCACGUCUCAGGCCUCUGCCAGGCUGACUUUCGUACGAUAGCGACGGUAUUAGCGGUUGAUGCAUUUGCCAACACUUACUCCAGUAAAGCCGUGUCUAAUUUUCAAUGUGAAAACACCUUUCUAAGCGGCGCGAACCGAUUCGCCCGGCCGUAGGUUAAUGUACAGUCGUGAGUAGAGCUAUGUAAAAGUAUUCUACUUCAACCUUGCGGUCGUGGCUUUGCACACAACCCUCCUGUGAUUUUUUUGAAAGCACAAGGCUCGGAAAUAGAUAAUGCGUUCUCCGUGAAAACGCUAUGUUAUAUUUGCUUCACCGCAGCAAACAUGAAAUAUUAAAAUAUAAGGCUUGAUAGAAUUCUGUAUUCGAUUAUCUUUUGCCUGUUUCUGAGCGUCACUUACUGUUUAUAAGUCCAUGAAAUUUAGCUACCGAAGAAAUAUUUGCAGAAAAAUUGAGACUUUACAUCUCACAUAUGAACGUACAAUAGAGAUAGUUAGAGCCUGUAUUUUUUAGAACAAAGAUUUGCUAGACCAAUGCAUAGAUUAUUCACAUCGAUAAACGUCUGGUUUGGUUAAAAAAAAUUGCACACCCCCAAAGCAAAACCAAACGAAGUUAACUUCGGUUGUGCCCAGUGCCAACCGGGUGGCACAAACAAAGUGCUGAUCGCAGCAACUGAUGCAAAACAGUCCCCAUCCAUCGAAUCGAAGCGAGCAGUAGCAGGUGCAGCGCUGCGAAGCGCAACUACGGGCGCACUGUUUUUGUUUACACAAGUGGAUAAAGGUCUAGCACUUGGCUGAUGCUGAUUUGGCUUAAAAAAAAAACGCGAGUCGCCACCGGGGUUGGCUGCUGGCGUGGCGCCCUAGACUGAGUCUUUCCGUGGUGUGUCCCGGUUGCAAUAUCUAGUCUCCGCGUUCGUCACCGUGUUUUUAGCGUGUUUGGACCUCGUUAUCUAUUAUACUUCGCUCUGGUCUUUGGCGGCACCUGAUAACGGCCCGUUCCAUUCAUCGUAUCACCAAACCAAAUACCCUCGACAGCUUGUCCAAUUGGUCUGUCAACGAGCUUGUCGGGGUUCAGUUCGUCAUCAACGAUACGCCGUUUAAGUAUGGUUCGGGCUUUUAAGAAGAAAUGGAUUGCGGUAGCGUUGCUGACGAUUGUGGCCGUGCUCAGUUUGGUCACCCUGUUCGGAUCCAGCUGGGAGAUUGCCGACUUCCAAAGGAUUAUUCAAGCAAGACACCUGAAGCACUUCAAAUAUUCUUUAAACGGAACGGAACCAUGGACGACGACUGGAUCGAGUGAGCUGCAGAUUGUUACAGAUUUCUCCUAUGUUUCGCAAACUCUUGACCCGAGACUGCCGACUCCACCUGGUGACAUGGGAGCGGCUGUGACACUUGGUGUAACGGAGAAACAAGUAGCCGACCUUAUUAAGAAUGGUUACGACACUCAAGGUUUGAACCAAUAUCUUUCCGAUUUGAUGUCCGUCCAAAGACGGCUUCCCGAAACGCGUGACCCGUGGUGCAAGGAACCGGGUAGAUUUCUACCUCAUCUACCGGAAACAUCGAUCGUGAUUGUGUUCUACAACGAAGCUUGGUCCGUGUUGGUUCGAACGGUACACUCAAUCCUGGAUCGUUCUCCGCCGAAUUUGGUGAAGGAGAUCAUCCUGGUGGACGAUUGCUCCUAUUUGCCACACACCAAAACUCAGUUGGAUGACUAUUUUCGGCCGAUGCGGAAAGUGCGCGUGCUAAGAGCCUCCGAGCGGCAAGGACUGAUACGAGCCAGGCUGAUGGGGGCGAAAAAUACAACCGGCCAGAUCAUCACGUUUCUCGAUGCCCACGUUGAGUGCACAGUUGGCUGGCUAGAGGCUCUGCUGGAUUCGGUGGCCCGGGAUUGGCGAACGAUCGCUAUCCCAACGAUCGACUGGAUCGACGAGAAAGAUAUGCACCUGCGCACGGAUAACGCUCCCUCCUAUUACGGUGCGUACGAUUGGGAUUUGAACUUUGGCUGGUGGGGCCGUUGGAGCCGGGUGAAUCAACCGAAGAAUAAACUGGAACCGUUCGAUACUCCGGCGAUGGCCGGAGGUUUGUUUUCGAUCAAUCGCACCUUUUUCGAGCUGCUCGGGUGGUACGACGAGGGAUUCGAUAUCUACGGCAUCGAAAACAUUGAGCUGUCGAUGAAAAGUUGGAUCUGCGGAGGUCGAAUGGUGACGGUUCCCUGUUCCCGGGUGGCACACAUCCAAAAAACCGGUCAUCCCUAUCUGCAGGAGGUGAAGAAAGAUGUUGUUAGGGCAAAUUCAUUGCGGCUUGCUGAGGUGUGGAUGGACGAAUACAAACAGGUUAUUUUCGACAUCUACGGUAUUCCCAAGUAUCCCCAAGAAGAGCUGGGGGAUGUCUCUAGCAGAAAGGAAGUCAGGCGAAAAGCUAAUUGUAAAACUUUCCGCUACUACAUCGAAACCGCCUUUCCGGAGAUGAAGAGUCCUCUCAUAGAAGGCGCUUUCCACGGGGAGGUAAAAAACAAAGCCCUCGGAAAUGACACCUGCCUGGAGUAUGACCCGGACAGCAACAAGGUCGCCAUGGCCGCCUGCAAUCACAACCAAACCUAUCAGUAUUGGGCGCACAACUAUUAUGAAGAGCUGAACACCGUCAAGCACUGCCUGGACUACACUGGAGAUUCUCUGGGGGUGUACAGAUGCCAUCGAUCGAGACAGAAUCAAGCCUGGCAGUACGUUAUCGAAACGGGACAAAUCAAAAGUCCAAAGUAUGGCGGCUGUUUGGGGUUGAACACGGUGGACCACAGGACGCUAGUGGUAGAGCCGUGCGAUGACAAGCGAGACUCGCAAAAGUGGCUCGUAACGCUCGUAAAUCUGGACGUGUCGUUUUUUGGCCAAACCCCAAAGUAAGGUUUUGUGAAGUGGGUGCGUGCAAUAGAAGCAAUUUUACUAGCGAUAGGAACGUUUUUUUUUGUGAUAUAUUCA